CACCGUCCCCCUCGCACCGCCCCCCCGCCGCCGCCGCCGCUGUGCGGGGGGGCCCGCCCGAGCCGGGAGCAGCCACGGCCGCCGGGGCCGCAGCGUCACCGCUUAGGGACUGAAAGUACUGUUGAGAAAACAACAAAAUGAGUAGUCGACGAAAACGUGCACCUCCAUCGAAAGUAGAUGAGGAGAAGAAGAAAAAGCUCUGCUGGAACAUGCAUGAAGACCGGAGAAAUGAGAUAGUAACAUUAGAUGAUGAAGUGACUAAUGAGGACCAUGUUCCAGUUCCAAGCACUUCUGCAUCCUUCAUUGUUAUAAAUGAUGAUAGCACUGAUGAAGAUCUUGUACAAAAAGAAGGCAGUGGCUCAAAAUCUGUUAAGUUUUUGACAGUUAAUGAUGAAGAAGACUCUUAUUCCAUCUUGACUCCUGUGUCUGUACAGCUAAAUAUUAUAGUCUUGCCAUACCGUGCAGAUGGGUCCUGGAAGGUUUUGUUGGGAGAAUUUGCUCUACAUCUUCCUUCUGAGCAAAUUCUAGCUGACGAAUUCCAUGAAAGGAGCUUUACUUUAAUGAGAGGAGACUCUGACGAUCAGCUGCAGGUCUGUGUUCAUGAAAGAAGUGAAGAAGAGUAUAGUAAUGAAACUAAAGAAUACCUGGGUGCUUAUGAACAACGUAUUUUGGUGGAACCAACUUUAAGUGGUGAAAUAUUGGAAGGCUUGAGAUGGUUGCAAAAGAAAAAGAUAAUUGGACUUUAUCAAAGACCUGGAGAGGCUCAGACUUUAAAGGUUGGAAUUUACCUUCUUGAAGCUGGGCUAAGUAAACCAGAGUUUCUCAGUGAUGGAGGUGGAAGGCCCAAAAAAGCCAAUCAGCUGAUUCAAAAACUCAUGGAAAAGUUCUACAGUUUUUUAAUUCCAGGAUAUAUUUUUAUGGACUACGUGGUUCAGUGCUUACAAGUGAAGAGGCAUUUGCUGGAAGGGAAGACGUGCGCCUCAAAGUUACUGAAGCAAGAAUGUGGAUAUGAGCUGGAGGAAGAUGAGGAAGAAUCCGACAUGGAACUAGAGCGACAAAAUAUUGAAGAGCUUUAUGACUUUGUAAGACACACCCAUCAGCAGGAUAUCCAGUUACUUAGAAAGGACGUGCAGCAUCCUGCAUUAAUUCCCAUUCUGAGGCCAUACCAAAGUGAGGCUGUGAAUUGGAUGCUUCACCGAGAGAACCACACAAACGCUCCAAGCAGUGAAAAUGCACUGCACUUCUUAUGGCGAGAGGUGAUCACUCUGGAUGGAGUAAAAAUCUACUAUAAUCCAUUCACUGGCUGUAUUAUCCGUGAAUACCCAACUGCUGGACCCCAGUGGCCUGGAGGUAUUUUGGCAGAUGAGAUGGGUCUUGGAAAAACAGUAGAAGUGUUGGCUCUUAUUCUGAAUCAUACUGGACCAGAUAUUAAACAAGAUGAUCUGACAUUACCUGAGGGUAAGCUUGUGAACUUCUUUGUUCCACCUCAACCUUUAGAAGGAAAUAAAAAGAAAAAACCAAAGGAAAUGGAGCCUAAAUUGAAGGAAAAAAUACAAUAUCCCAGCUUACGAGUGAUGAUAUUAACAGCUGUAAAAGAAAUGAAUGUGAAGAAAGGAGCAUCCAUCGUUGCAAUAUUUAAGUACAUCAGUGCUAUUUAUAGGUAUGACACACAGAGAAAUAGACGGCUUCUCAAAAGAACUCUAGAAAAACUAAUUGCAGAACAUGUAGUAGAGCAAGUCAAAGGACAUGGUCUGGCUGGGUCUUUCAAGCUGGGAAAGAAUUACAAGGAACAGAAGAAGCGAGAAAGAACCAAAGAGCAGGUAGCAAAGACUUCAGAAAAUACUCAGAAGAAGCAGCUGACUGAUGCUAAAACUCAAACCAAAGAAUCAAAAAAUAGUGGUAUCACAUCUGAACACAUCUGUAAAACUGCUUCACGGGUGGAUAUUGCCAUGGAAGAACAUGAUUAUUGUACACCUAGCAAAAAUAACAAGAAAUCUGAACCAGAUCAUGAGAACUCUGUAAAAGAAAAUAAUGUUAAGCAGGAAACUGUCAUCCCAAAAUCUCCUGAUUUGCACGGCAGCCUCCUUGUCUCCAGUGACAUGAGUAGUCAUCCUGAUUUUGAUGUUUCUAAAACUACAGCUGAUGUCCAGCAGGAAAUCCCAAAGGUCCCGUCCUCACAUUCCCAAGAACAUGGUGACAGUAGUGUACAACAUACCAGUUCUGUAUUUCCAUUUAAUACCUCUGAAUAUCGUUUUGAAUGCAUCUGUGGUGAGCUUGGAUUGGCCGACUACAAAGCUCGUGUGCAGUGCCUGAAAUGCUACUUAUGGCAGCAUGCAGAAUGUGUAAACUACAAAGAGGAGAACCUGAAGAGCAGGCCCUUCUACUGUCCCCAUUGCCUUGUGGCAAUGAAACCAGUUCCCACAGGAGCGACUCUGAUAAUUUCUCCGAGUUCUAUUUGUCAUCAGUGGGUAGAUGAGAUCAAUAGGCAUGUAAGAUCAUCUUCUCUUCGCGUUCUGGUGUAUCAAGGUGUGAAGAAGCAUGGCUUUUUGCAGCCACACAUGUUGGCAGAGCAGGAGGUGGUUAUCACCACGUAUGAUGUCCUGCGCACUGAACUGAACUAUGUGGACAUCCCCCACAGCAACAGCGAAGACGGGCGCCGCUUCAGGAACCAGAAGCGGUACAUGGCCAUCCCAAGCCCCUUAGUAGCAGUGGAGUGGUGGAGGAUCUGCCUCGAUGAAGCACAAAUGGUUGAAUGCACUACUGCAAAGGCUGCUGAAAUGGCACUCCGUUUAAGUGGAAUCAAUCGCUGGUGUGUCAGUGGUACUCCUGUGCAGCGAGGAUUAGAAGAUCUGUAUGGAUUAGUCCUUUUUCUUGGAGUUGAUCCUUACUGGGUCAAACAUUGGUGGGACCAACUUUUAUAUCGACCUUAUUGUAGGAAAAAUCCCCGGCCUCUUUACAGUCUAAUUGCGAAGAUAAUGUGGAGAUCAGCAAAGAAGGAUGUGAUUGACCAAAUUCAAAUACCCCCUCAGACAGAAAAUAUACACUGGCUUCACUUCUCUCCUGUGGAGAGACACUUCUAUCAUCGCCAGCAUGAGGUGUGCUGCCAGGAUGCAUUGGCAAAACUCAGGAAGAUUUCAGACUGGACUCUUAAGCUUAGCAGCCUAGAUAGAAGGACUGUGACUUCCAUACUAUACCCAUUGCUACGGCUGAGGCAGGCCUGCUGUCAUCCACAAGCUGUUCGGGGAGAGUUCUUGCCAUUACAGAAAAGCACCAUGACCAUGGAGGAACUGUUAGCAUCUCUGCAAAAGAAAUGUCGAACGGAGUGUGAAGAAGCUCACCGACAGCUAGUGUGUGCUCUUAAUGGCUUAGCUGGUAUCCAUAUCAUUAAAGGAGAAUAUGCAUUGGCUGCGGAGCUAUACAGAGAAGUAUUAAGAUCAUCUGAAGAGCACAAAGAAAAGCUCAAAACAGAUUCCUUGCAAAGACUUCAUUCUACACAUAAUUUGAUGGAAUUGUUGGCAAAGCACCCAGGAAUUCCCCCAACUUUGCGUGAUAGCCGACUUGCAGAAGAGGCAGAACAACUUCGACAACAUUAUAUGAGUAAAUCCAAUGCAGAAGUUGCAGAAGCCCAUCAGGCCUUACAGCCAGUUCUUCAAACCAUUCGGGAGCUCCAGAGAAAGAUACAUUCUGGUUCUCCUUGGUGGUUGGAUGUCAUCCAGACAGCAAUACAGUAUGCCAUUGAUGAGGAGCUUGUUCAACGUGUACAAAACGAAAUAACCUGCAACUACAAACAGCAGACUAAUAAACUCUCCAUGGCAGAGAAAUUCCGUGACUGCAGAGGCCUUCAAUACCUGCUCACAACCCAGCUGGAUGAAGUGAAGAAGUUCCAAAAGAUUGUAAGAGAAGCAGUGAAAAACUUAGAAGGGCCUCCUUCUAAGCAGGUUAUUGAGGCUGCCACUAUCUGCCAUUUGCGACCUGUUAGACUUCCACUCAACAACUGUGUCUUUUGUAAGGCUGACGAAUUGUUCACAGAAUAUGAGUCGAAGCUCUUUAUGCAUAGUGUUAAAGGCCAAAUGGCAAUAUUCGAGGAGAUGAUAGAAGACCAAGAGGGGCUUGUUGAUGACCGUUUGCCCACUACAAGUAGAGGACUGUGGGCAACCAGUGAAACCGAACGUGCCUUGAAAGCUCUUCUCUCCUUUGCCAAAGCUCACCGAAUGGAUGUUAGGCUAACUGAAGAAGGGAGCAUAUUCCUGGAACUCUUUGAAGCAUGGAAAAAGGAAUAUAAGUUACUUCAUGAAUAUUGGAUGGUACUUAGGGAUCAUGUGUCUGCUAUUGAUGAACUGGCAAUGGCUACGGAAAGACUGAGAGUGCGUCAUCCUGAUGAGCCAAAACCAAAUCCACCAGUUCUCCACAUCAUAGAACCACAUGAGGUAGAGCAAAAUCGAGUGAAACUUCUGAAUGACAAGGCUGUUGCCAAAUCACAGCUUCAGAAGAAAUUGGGACAACUUCUAUAUCUCACUAAUCUGGAGAAAUCUCAGGAUAAAACUACUGGGGGAAUUAACCCAGAACCGUGUCCAAUCUGUGCUCGUCAACUGGGAAGACAGUGGGCAGUGCUGACAUGUGGACAUUGCUUUUGUAACGAGUGUAUAGCCAUCAUCAUCCAACAGUACAGCGUUGGCACCCGCCGGAGCUCAAUUAAGUGUGCCAUCUGCAGGCAGACAACAUCCCACAAAGAAAUAUCGUAUGUCUUUACUGCAGAAGCUGCAAAUCAGGAGGAUGAUAUUCCUGUAAAGGGAAGUCACUCCACCAAAGUGGAAGCUGUGGUCCGAACACUGAAGAGAAUUCAAUUUAAAGAUCCAGGGGCUAAAUCCUUAGUUUUCUCAACGUGGCAAGAUGUAUUGGAUAUAAUUUCAAAAGCUUUGUAUGACAACAACAUGAUUUUUUCUCAGAUCAAUGGAAUUAGUAAAUUUCAGGAAAAUCUUUCUGCAUUUAAAUAUGAUCCCAACAUCAAUAUUUUGCUGCUGCCUCUUCACACUGGUUCCAAUGGACUAAACAUCAUCGAAGCAACUCACGUUCUGCUUGUGGAACCCAUUCUGAAUCCAGCACAUGAGCUACAGGCUAUUGGCAGAGUACAUCGUAUUGGCCAAACAAAAUCUACCAUUGUUCACAGGUUCCUGAUAAAAGCAACAAUAGAAGAGAGAAUGCAGACUAUGCUGAAAACUGUAGAUAGAAGUCACACGAGCUCUUCCAUGAAACAGUCAGAAGCCUCGGUGUUGACAGUGGCAGAUUUGGCUGACCUUUUUACAGAGGAAACUGAAGAACUUGAGUAAAAACAUUGGUUUGGCCUAAUGAAAUCAGAAAGUACCUGACCUAAUAAGCACCAGGAUAUAAUCCACUUGAUCUAUCAUUCCUGUAAACAUCAUCUAACAUUUGUUACAGAGUGAUUGGAAAUUGAAAAGUCUUAAUUGUUACUGGUUUAUUCUUUGGUGAAGCUCAUAGCAGCACACACUUCUGGUGGCACUGGAGAAAAGUUGCACUUUGCACAUUAUACAAAAACAUGGAUUUUAUUCCCAAAGAGCAUUUGAGCUGGAUGCUAAAACUGAGAUCUUGGACCCUUGGUUGAGAGGAUUUUUACCAUCAGGUUUGAUUGGCUAGUAGCUCUAUCUGAGAGCAAAACUAUGUGGGUGGUUGGGUGGGAAAGGGAAGCAGAAAAAUACAAAUCUAAUUUUUUUUACUGUACAAAGAGUUGUUAGAAAGAAUGAGUGUAAAUUAAUAUUCUUCUAGAAAGGGCUUGUUAGAUUUAAUGCAGAGUUACUAAAUGUCUUAUUGUUAAAACUUCAAAUGACUAAUCUUUACUAAUAAUUUGGAUAUUUGUAUUAGGCUUUUAGAUAUUCAUAAAGACUUGUGACAGUUAAAUAUUUCAUUGUUAAUGCUUACUUAUUGCAAAAAGAUGAUAAUUAAAUUAUGCUUUUUGUAUAUAUGUUGGUCUGGUGAUCAGUUAAAGACUUGAACUUGCUGUACAUGUUUUCACUUGAAGCUGUGACUAAUUUAGUGCUCUGUUUAAAAAAAAGGCAUUUGUUACAGAAUUUUCAAAAAAUUAAUUGGUUAAGCCGCUGAUCACUUUGGAAUCAUAUGAUGUGCUUGUCUGCAUUUUCUCACUAUGAUAUUUUUGUCUAGUUCUCCCCCUUAAAGAUACAGCAAUUUAAAUAUAUAAAAUAGAUGAAAUUAAGGUAGGCAGUCUAAUUCUUAGGUGCCUGGUCUAAGUGAGAUAAACAGUGGAACUUUGUGGAGCUUCGUCCUGAUAUGCGAGAUCACUCUACGCUAUCUCUGUUAACAGCAGAUAGUUUGGAAAACAAAUGCAGGCUAACUUUUAGACUGCUAAAAGUAGGCAAGAUAAAUUUUAAGCCUUUUGACAUAGGUUAUGGAUUCACACUUAUAUAACAUUUGUUUCUGAAGAUGUUACAGAAGCAAGCUCAGUUACAUAGUUGAUGUUAAACACAAGUUUGUGUUUAGAGAGUGAGCAUAAGCAACAGGCUAUGUCCCUCAAAUUACAAUAUUUACUGUUUCAGUAGGCAAUGUAUUUUGUAUAUUUUAAAAAUCUUACUUGAGGUGGAAAUUAAAAUUAGUCCUGUAAGAAAUCUCAUUGUAGAAUUUUUACUCUAAUCAUGUCAGCUGAUUCGUCAUAGAUUUCUAUAGUUAUUGAGCUUCUUGAGUUUUGUUUUCAGUCAUACCAGCAUUUGAGCUGCACAGUCAGGUAUUAAGCCUAUCCACAUGACAGGCAAGUUUUCUGCUUCUGACAACAGAGGUGAAUGGAAUUUGCAAGAAUAAUACUGUAUCAAGAAGUGGGGUUUUCGCAUUUAUAUUCUGUUGGCCUUCUGGACCAAUUGGAUACUUUUUUCUAAAGACUAUUUGAGUAACUUUACAGACAAUGUAUCUGUUUCCCAUAUUUGUAAUAUGUGCUAGUUGGCUUAGCCCAGAAAGCCAACCGCAUCCUGGGCUGCAUCAGAAGCAGUGUGUCCAGCAGGUCGAGGGAGGUGAUUCUGCCCCUCUACUCUGCUCUGAUGAGACCUCUCCUGGAGUUCUGCAUCCAGUUGUGGGACCCCCAGCACAGAAAGGACAUGGGCCUGUUGGAGCCAGUCCAGAGGAGGGCCACUAAGU